CAUGACUUGUUGGCCCAGAAUACUUAAUCCCUCCAUCGGCAAUCGUGCCCGCAGGACAAAUUUGGUUUUCUCGCGGGGCGUCCUCCUGUCGCAUUUCCUGAAUUGUGGAAUCAUUCAGAAUCCAUUCUCUUCAAAGCGCGUAAGAGCUGUAGGUCGGAAAUGGCGCCCGCAAUAUCAUCGCUCCUUUUACUCACAUGUCUCCUCGCAAUUCCUUCCCAAUCGAGAACACUAUUCGCCUUCGAACAGCAACAAUUGACCAGGGAGUAUGUCGCAUCCCUGCCAGAGGAAGAUAGACAGCUUUUCGCUUUUGACGACCAGUUCGAUACCGAGAUAGCGAGUGCAGCCGACAAGCCUUGCCGUUACAACUCAACAGAUGGGAAAUGGCCGUCGGAGAAAGCUUGGAAUGGAUUAGCGAAGCAACUCAACACAUCGUCCUCUCUCAUAAAAACCAUCCCGCAAGCCUCCGAAUGCUAUGGGUCGAACAAAAACGUCGCGAAAUGCCAGGAGCUUGGGAAAAAUUGGGCGAACCCAACACUGCAUAUUGAUGAUCCGUCGGAGGUUUUGUCGCCGAUCUAUCAAGGACUGACAUGCCAGCCGCCCUCUAUAUACGAUAGUAUCAAUUGUACGCUUGGGGGAUAUCCGACAUAUGUAAUUAAUGUCAAAUCGGUGCUUGAUAUUCAACUCGGAAUCAACUUCGCCCGAAACAACAACAUUCGACUGAUCAUAAAGAAUACUGGACACGAUUUUGCCGGGAAGUCAGUCGGCGCGUCUUCCUUGAGUAUUUGGACACAUGGGUUGAAAGACAUUCAAUUCUUCGACAACUACGUCGAUGAGUCAGGUUACAAAGGCCCUGCAGUCAAAGCCGGUGCAGGCGUGCAAGCAUUCGAGCUAUACAAGGCAGUAAGCGACAAAAAUGUAGUCGUAGUGGCUGGUGAAGGCCAGACUGUAGGAGUGAUGGGAGGAUACAUCCAAGGCGGUGGUCAUUCUCCACUCAGCUCACUCUAUGGCAUGGCCGCUGAUCACGUUCUUGGGUUUGAAGUUGUUACGGCGAUAGGCGAAUUCGUCACUGCGAACUCAACUAGCAACACCGACCUCUUCUGGGCUUUGAGAGGAGGUGGAGGAGCGACAUAUGGUGUUGUAACCUCGGUAACAGUGAAAGCCUUCAAAGACAUGCCAGUGGCUGCCGCCUCAUGGUCAUUCAACAGCACCAAACUAGGAGCGGCAGGGUUUUGGACAGCAACUCAAGCGUUUAUCGACGGUGCCAACACCUACGCAGACAACGGAGUGUACACCUACUUCAUGAUAGCCCCGAGCCCAACCGGAAAAGAUUAUACAUUCUUGAUGAAGCCGCUUUUCGCCCCCAAUAAGACAACCAACGAACUGAACACGAUCCUCGGACCAUUCCUCAAACAGCUAACAAGCAAGAACAUCCCACUAUCUCCUAAAAUCACCGGAUACAAGGGCUUUUACCCUGCAUGGCAAGCGGAAUUUGGACCAGAAAUGGGGUCAAACGUUCAAACAGCUGUAGGUUCGCGUCUAUUCCCACGAUCCAACUUCGCCGACGACAAAUCCCGAAAUACGACCUUCAUUGCGCUUCGCGAAACUGUCGAGGCGGGACAGCCAAUCAUUGCAUUCAAUAUCGCACCCACUUCCGCUCGUGGAGGCAAUGUAGACAAUGCGGUGAAUCCAGCCUGGCGCAAUGCCGUGAUCCACGCGAUUAUGAGUCGCUCUUGGGAUGCGAAGUCUUCGGUGACUGAUAUCCUCACGGCACGCAAGUCUUUCACGACCGUUGCAAUGCAGAAGUGGAGAGACAUUACAGCUGGUAGUGGCAGCUAUCUGAACGAGGCAGACCGGAUGGAACCAAAUUGGCAACAGAGUUUCUUUGGCGACAAGUAUACAAAGCUGCUUAGUAUUAAGCAAGAUCGCGAUCCGAAGAACGUGUUUUGGGCUGUGAACUCUGUGGGUAGUGAGGGUUGGGCUGUGCAGAGUGUCGAUGGAUUGCCGAAUGAGAAUGGGAAAUUGUGCAAAGUCUCCGCAAGAACUUCUGAGUAGAUAGUCCAAGUUGAUUCGGAAAGAUUAGAGUACAUUUCAGAGCUACCAAGGGAAGCAAGUCGUCUCAUUCACUAUUGACCUAGAUAAUCUAAGAUUUCUAUUCAUUGUACGACUAUGCGGUGCGCGAAAACUAACCCAGGUUGUAUGCUGGAUUUGAUGAUUCACUGGAACAUAAACACAAUUCAAGUGCAAAGUGACAAGCGGAACCCAGGAACCGUCCAGAAUUAGUACAAGAUCAGUCACGAUAGCACGCAUCUAUUUCUCAAGUACCAUCCUUCCAGUCUAAGGCCGCAUCAGACCACUCUUUAUAAUGUAAAUUCCUUGCUAACAUAUAGCAAUCGAUAUCUCUCUUAGCAAUUAGCUCGUAGCUUCACGCAUUUUCUGAACUUCCAAACUUCCCCUUUUCUGUCUCAGCGCUACGUCCAUCUUCUUUACUUGUUGGACUUGAGUAUACAGUUUGAGCGAAAGGCUCUGGUGAUGUUUGUCGUUGAGCGCCGGCCGGAACAUCUCAUCAAGCCUUCCCCGUGGAGUUACUGGCCUGGCCGGUCAAUAAUUUUGGGGGGACGGGCGAGAAGCUUGCUGGGGUCUCCAAAACUGGGCACUGGUGAACGAGUAAUCUGUGUUAGAACGCU